AUGGCAAAAGCCAAGGAAGAUGAAGGUCUUGGUUUAAGAAAUAUGGAGCAGGUUAAUGUUUCUUUGGUCGCAAAACUGGUCUGGCGGUUUUUAACAAAUGCUGAUGCAACAUGGGUGAAGCUAUACAAUGCCAAAUACUUACAGUCAGUCUCUUUUUGGGAUUGUAAUCCGAAUCCAGGGGAUUCAAAAACAUGGAAAGAUAUGUUAUCUGUUAAAGAGAUCUUCAUAAAUAAUUGUUGUUGGUCUAUAGGUUCAGGGUCAAAGGGUAUGGAAUGUGGAACUUCUAAUGCAUCUUUUUCCGGAGAAUCAUGUGGAAGCAAUCUUAAAUUUAAUACUCAUAUUCAGAAUAUAUGCCCUCUUUGUCACUCAGAAGAAGGAUAUGUUCAUCAUCUUUUAUUCUCCUGUCAAUUUUCAAAAGCCGUAUUUCAAGAAAGUCCAUUAAAUAUUGAUAUCCAGGAUGGCGUUCUAUCUAUGGAAAUUAUCCAGCAAUGGUUAGAAAAGAAUGAUCAAGGCAUAAUGUUAAAUCUAGGUUCGUGUAUUCUUUGGAAUAUAUGGAAAAUGAGGAAUGAUAAAGUCUUCAACAUCACACAACCUUUAGUUCCAAUUUGUAUUCGUAAAGCUUUGGAAGAUUUCAAGUUUUUCGACUUACACCAUGCAUUGAAUUUUUGUUCUUCAGCUAUUUUACAGCGACAAAAUUCAAUUCAGUGGAAUCCUCCUCCUCCGUUCUACAUUAAGAUUAAUGUAGAUGCUGCAUAUAAUAACGGUAGAGGAGCUGCAUCAGCAGUGGCUAGAGAUUCCUAUGGCCUACAUUUAGGAAGUGGUGCAUUUUGUUUUGAUUCCUUCUCAUCAACGGUGGCAGAAGCUAAAGCAUAUGGUCUUGGUCUACAGUUGGCGAGAAGAUUACAAUUCUCUAAAAUCAUUGUUGAAGGUGAUGCUGAGGAGAUUCCGAAAGCUAUAAUAGGGAACAUGAACGAUAUUCCUUGGAAUAUUCGAUCCACUGUUCUCUCUAUUCAUGAUCGCGUCAAGGAUUUCAGCGAAGUUAGCUUUUUAGUUGUUCCUAGAGACGCAAAUUCAAUUGCUCAUGACUUGGUUCAAUUUGCAAUUUCAAACUUUUUAAACAGAUGGUGGGUUUAUGAUGUUCCACCUAAUUGUAUUAUGCAACGUCUCAUUUCUAAUGAGGAUUAA